CCAUUGGGAAAACAAGAAGAAGUGGAAAGGCAAAUAGAAGAAAUGUUGGAGCAGGACAUAAUUGAACCAUCAACUGCCCUGUUCAACAGCCCAGUCGUUCUAGUCAAGAAGAAAGACGACACCUUCCGGUUCGUCAUCGACUUCAGGGCACUAAACAGCAUAACGCGUAAACAAACCUAUGUUAUACCCACAAUCUCAGAUAUAGUGGAUCUUGCCGCCGGAGCAAUGUAUUUUUCAAACUUCGAUCUAGUAUCAGGAUUCUUUCAAAUCCCUUUGAAGAAGUCGGACCGUCAUCUUACAGCAUUCACGACCAACAGUGGCACUUAUCAGUAUAGAAGAAUGCCCAUGGGACUUUGUGGAGCACCCCACACGUUCCAAACCGCUGUUCGCUAUCUUCAAAGCAAAUGCAAAUGCAGACUUUUCGUUUACUUGGACGAUUUAUUAAUCAUCUCUGAACAAGCCGAUCAACAUCUAGCCGAUAUCAAUAACGUACUGGAAAACGUUAAACAACUAGGAAUGAAGAUCAAACUAAAGAAAUGCUCAUUCGCCAAGGACGAAGUCAAAUUCCUUGGUCUCAUAGUUGGACGAACAGGAAUCAAACCGGAUCCAGCCAAAGUGCAAGCCAUCAAGGAAUACCCCGCACCUAGAACAACUACAGCAGUAAGAGCCUUUCUUGGAAUGGU